AAAAGUUUACAUUUCUGUAUCUCGGUUUCUUAUUGCUUCGACGGUUUUUAAAAUGUUAAGACCGCUCAUUUUCCUGUUGCUAGUAACGGCUGUUUACUCGCAGCUCAAAUGGCGCUUGCUCUCAGCGACCAAUGACUCAGACCCGUUUCCUAAGCCUCGGAGAGAUUCGUCGAUCGGAUUUGACCGAAAAAAAAAUCGCUUGAUUAUUUUCGGUGGCAGAGCGGGUCAGGACAACUUUGCAGAUACCUGGAGCUUUGAUUUAACUUCUAACGAAUGGAAACUAUUAAUAGCGAGCAGCGACAACUCCAUCCCUGAGAAACGUUUCAGUAUGGUGUACGGCGCUGAGAAUGGACGAGGCGCUUUUUACAUAUCCACCGGUGAAUAUUCGGGAGAAGGUGAUUCUUCAAAACGCCGUUUCUUCGAUGAUAUUGCGAAGUUUGAUUUUGACACAGAAAAGUGGAAAAGGCUCAGUGAUAACUCUAACAUAAAACCUCAAAUGCGAUACGGAUCUGCUGGAGGAAUAUUUGACGACGGCAGAGGAGUCAACGGAUUUUACAUCACGCAUGGUUUCUCAGGCACUCGAUACUCCAACACUCUGAAAUUUGACUUGGAAAAAAAUCAAUGGGAGGAGAAAUUUUCCGGCUCAAAUAAUUACAAUCCAAAUUAUCCACAUGCAAGAUGCUUACACACAGGAACACUGACGAAGCCUGAUGAGCUAGUAAUGUAUGGAGGUUGUUUGGGAGGUGGGAUGACAGGUGGCUCAUGUCCUUCCAAAGAUAACUGGAAAUUCGAUGCAACCAAAACAGAGUGGACUCGCUUGGAGGAAUGUUCAACACCUCGAAUGUACUCCGCAAUGGCCAUGUUACCACCACUGAAUGGUAGUGAACGUAGAGCUGUGUUGUACGCUGGACAGGAAACAAGCAAAUCUGUGUUGGUGACGUCACGUUACGAGGCAAAUGAGAUUGCUGUCUUUAAUCCUGAUACAAAUAAGUGGGAAAGAAAAACAGUGGAGGGUACUCCACCGGCAAGAAGAGUUGGUCAUGUGAUGACGACGACUGAUAGCGGGAUUGUGUUGUUUGGCGGUUCGGGAUCCGACGGUGAUGGUUUAUUAAACGACAUCUGGCUUUUAGAGGGAACAGCAGCUGAAGCUGAUAAAAACCCAUCUGCUGGUGGAUGUGGCUCGUCAGAUUUCAAUCUGGUAGCGCUACAUGGUAUUUUCAUGUUCAUUGGUUGGGGAGUGCUUCUUCAAGCCGGAGCCUUCAUUGCACGUUACUUUAGGCACAAGGACCCAUGGUGGUUUAAGAUGCAUCGCGGUCUUCAGGUGACAGGUUUGGUGUUGACGAUUGCUGGCCUUAUUUGCGCUUUUAUAUCAGUUCCAUUUGAUCAUCUGAAGUUCGCUCAUGGAGCACUGGGUAUAAUUAUUAUGAUUAUUGGAGUGGGACAACCUUUAAAUGCCGCUGUGCGUCCUCACAAACAUCCUGAUGGCUCGAGGUCGACUGGCAGAGUCAUUUGGGAAUUAGUCCACAAAAAUAUCGGUCGUCUUGGUCUCAUUCUGGCCCUCAUCAACAUCUCUCUGGGCCUCCUUCUGGCCGUGGCCCCUGUUGCAGCAUGGGCCGUUUGGUUCGCUCUCCUGGGGACCUUUGUAAUUGCGUACCUUGUCAUGGAGUUCCGUCUAAGGAUGAGUCAGAGGACUUCCAAGACUGUGGCCAUGCCAAUGAAGUAGAUCUUCACAACAAUGAAGAGGGGGGAACACAUCAAAGACAGAAAAAAGGAAAGCAACGCAACAACCUAAUCAGCUUAAGUAUUUUACCGGAAGCAUUUUAAGACGACGCAAUUUCGUGCUUAGUUGAGAAAAGACUCAAACUGACUUGCAACUGACGAAUAAUUUAGGACCGGUUAUUAUUUGUUGCCUGGGGGUAGGGGUUAGGGGGUAAG